AUGAAGUACUGGAAAAACCCCUCACUGCAAAAAAUCUGCAGAGAAACAUUGGCUCACACUACUGCUCAUGGCAUACCCAGUAUUCUACGGUCUCAAACACGCCUAAAGAGGACCUUUUGGUUAAUCUUUGUUGCUCUGGUGCUCAUUUGCCUACUUUGGCAAUGCACUGAACUUAUUGCUAAAUUCUUCCGCUAUCCAUCCCAGGAGAAAAUCACCUUGGUCAAUAUGGCAAAGUUAAAUUUCCCUGCAGUGACAUUUUGCAACCUGAAUCGAGUUAGGGCUUCCAUCCUAAACUCCAAGUAUAAGUACCUUAGAGAACUGCUUCCAUCUUCAUUGGAGAGUAUGGCCAAUGAGAGUUCAAGGAAAACUCACAAAAGUGGCAACCAGAAUGAGCAGAAGAACUUUCACUUGGCCUUGUCCAUGUUAAGUGAGGAGCAGCAGUUAGAGAUUGGACACCAGCUGGAUGAUAUGCUAUUCUUCUGCUCUUUUCAUGGAGGUCAGUGCAAUAAAAGCUUCUUCACAACUUUCCUGAAUCAUAAGUUUGGAAAUUGUUUCACAUUUAAUGGACUAAACAUGGGAGCCGACGGAGAAUCACAGUGGAAGGAAAUUCUGAAUGCCACCAAAGCAGGGUUCAGUUAUGGUCUAAUGUUAGAGCUUUAUAUAGAACAAGUGGAAUAUAUCAAAGAACUGAGCUCUACUGCUGGACUGCGUAUGGUCAUUCAUGACCAGCAUAGGAUGCCUUUUCCUGAAGAUGAGGGUGUGAAUAUAUCACCAGGAAUGGAAUCUGACAUUGGCAUGGUAAAGAUCCAUGUCCGUCGUUUGAAGCCUCCUUAUAGCAGCAAGUGCACUGAUGGGGAGGAGAAGAUUAAUUAUUAUGCAACCACCUAUGAUGUCGGCUACAGCAGAGAGGCCUGUAAGAAAAGUUGUGGACAGAUGAAACUGAUAAAGAAUUGUGGCUGCAGAGUAUCGGAAUUCCCAGCACCUCCAAGAAGCAAUGCACCUUUCUGCAAUAUUUCAGAUAAGGCAAUAAACAACUGUGUUGAGCAGUAUGAAUAUAAAAUUGCACACGAUGAGCUGAAGUGCAACUGUCCCCUUCAGUGUGAGGAAGAAAAUUUUGAACUGACUUUAUCUUCUUCCCAGUGGCCAAGCAGAGUGACUAUGGAAGAAUUUUCUAAGAAACUUAAGAGAGCUGGAGGAAAAUGGGCCCAAGCAGCAAAGCGUGUCAGGGACAACUUAAUAAAGGUGGUAGUUUACUACCAGCAGCUGAACUACGAAUUAAUUGAAGAGAUACCAUCUGUCCGGGCUGUAGAUCUCAUAUCCAGCAUUGGUGGAUUAGUUGGGCUCUGGAUUGGUGUUUCAGUCUGCACUGUGGCCGAGUUUAUCGAGCUAUGUAUCAAUAUUCUGCUCUUUUCCAUUCGUCGGUUGCUACAUCGAGAGAAACAUAUUCCUCUUAACCCUUAUACUCUACCCAACACUGUUUUCCGCUCCCAGCUGUAA